ACUUUAACAACGUUGUAUUUCACACCGUAACGUUUUUGAAUUUUUAUUCCUUUUAACAAAAUGUUUAAAUCUAGACAUUGUAAUUUUUUGUUUGUAUUUUGUUUAAUAACAUUAUUUGUGGUUGUUGUUAGAUCAGAAUCGACGGAUGUAACUGAUGAAGAAUGGGAAAAUUUCAAAAUUAAAUUUGAGAAAAAAUAUAACUCUGAAGAAGAUGCUAGAAGGCGUAAAAUUUAUGAGGCAACUAAAAUAGACGUUAUAAAACAUAAUAAGAGAUACGAUGCCGGUGAAGUUUCAUAUACACAAGGUAUCAAUCAAUUUGCAGAUUUGAAACCAGAAGAAGUUCAUUUUGGGGGCAUAAAAUCAUAAAAUAAACUUUGUAUAGAAAACAUAUCUAAUUCUAUGUCAAAUGUUAAAUUACAAUACUUUAAUGAACAUAGUUUAAUUUUUGCAUAUCUAGAUUUUUGUCAAAAUUGAAAAUAAUAUUUGUACAAAUAUGUAUACUACAUAUAUAAACAUAUAAAUAUAACCUUAAUUAAAUAAAAA